AUGUCCCUCCCCCCUAUCACCAAUUCUCCGCCCUCGACUGCCUCGGCUUCUUCCUCGCGCGGUCCGCUUCUCCUCCGCAUCUCCGCAUCUUCCAGCCUCAUUCUUGAUGCCAACCAGCUGAACCUUUUGACACUCACAUUGAAUCGUCCCUCGCUAUUCCCCGCCACCCCCGCGCUCGCUCCGUCACAUCAAACCCCCGUCCCACCGGGUUACCACCUUAUCUACUUCACCCCGGGUUUUUUGGAAACCGAGCUCGGCGCUGAUGGAACCGAUACUUCAUACAAUCCCGAAUCACCCUUCACCCGCCGCAUGUGGGCUGGGGGUGAAGUGAACUGGCCCCGCGAUGCCCAGGGUCGACCAAACCCACUACGCGUGGGGCAACAAGUGACCGAGACAACGCGCGUGUUGAGUGCCGAGGCCAAAGUCGUCAAGAAGACCGGCGAGGACAUGGUCGUAGUGGGUGUUGAGAAGGAGUUUUCCAACGAGAAUGGUGUCUCCAUCGUGGACCGCAGGAAUUGGGUCUUUCGCAAGGCUCUACCUACGCCAGCAACCUCUUCAGCGGCACAAUCGUCAUCUUUACCCCCGAGCACCUCCCAUCUGACCACUCCGAGUCAUACCUCAUCGGCCAUCGUCACCGAGGGCAACACACAUACACGCACUCUCCUCCAAACCCCCGUCACGCUCUUCCGUUUCUCCGCCCUCACAUUCAAUCCACACAAGAUUCACUACUCUCUACCCUGGGCACGAGAUGUUGAGGGUCACAAGGAUAUCGUCGUUCACGGACCCUUGAAUCUGAUCUCCAUUCUGGAUCUAUGGCGCGACAUCCGGGGGAAGACACAGGCAGCUGAAGAAGCACCUCUAUUACUCCCCCAGCGCAUCUCAUACCGGGCUACUAGCCCACUAUAUGCCGGUGAUGAGUAUCGCGUGGUGCUCGAAGAAGGCGAAAAGGGUGUGUCGCAUGUUCAGAUCGUGGGCCCCGGGGAUGCCGUGGCGAUGAAAGCGGUGAUUCAUGCUUGA